CGCUGCAUUGUCAGUGUCCGCGCGGACAGCGAUAGGCAAUCAUGGACCUCGCAUAUUUCACUGACUUUUCACUCGCCGAAUCAAUAACCCAGACAUUAUAGCGUGUUGCCGUCCCUGGCACCAGGGAGGAGUGAACAGAAAAGAUAGACAAAUCAACGUCUUGUCAUUUUCUUUUGUGAGCGGUGUCUGCCUUGCUCUGUUCGCCGAUGAGGGUGUGAAGUAGCGAAAGUGUCGCUACUUCGUGUCCGCCGGGGCAGGUUGGACCUCGGCUUUCAUCUUUUUUUCUCUCACUGCGCUUGGGAACGCGUCCGAAAGUAACGGAUCUACUAUUCAACUCCACAGUACUACGGUGUUAACAAACUCCGUGCACUUAUACAUCUCUUUAAAGGGAAUAUGAUUUUUUCAGACAUGAACACGGGGACCAGCUCCCCGAAGGUGCAUCCACCUAAUGGGACACGGUUUUAUACAUUCCAGGAGUUUGCUGCCCUGACCAAGGAGCUGAAUGCUUGCAGGGAAAAUCUACUGGAGAAGGAGGAGGAGAUCUCGGAGCUGAAGGCCGAAAGGAACAACACAAGGCUGCUCCUGGAGCACCUGGAGUGUCUUGUGUCGCGACACGAGCGUUCCCUGCGCAUGACCGUGGUCAAGCGCCAGGCUCAGUCUCCAUCCGGCGUGUCCAGUGAAGUCGAGGUCCUCAAAGCGCUCAAGUCGCUCUUUGAGCACCACAAGGCUCUAGAUGAAAAGGUCAGAGAGAGAUUGCGGGUGUCUCUAGAGAGAGUCUCAGCCUUGGAGGAGGAGUUAACAGCAGCCAAUCAAGAGAUCGUAGCCUUACGGGAGCAGAAUGCCCACAUCCAGAGGAAGGUGGCAUCAGGAGAUGGCGGAGAGGACCUGCUGGAGGGCACAGAUGCUGGGCAGAAGGUGCAUGGCAAGCGUCUGUCCAAUGGCUCGAUGGAGUCGGCGGACGAGGCAGGCCAGGUGGUGGAACUGCAGGAGCUGCUGGAGAAGCAGAACUACGAGCUGGCCCAGAUGAAGGACCGCAUGUCCUCACUGUCGUCGCGCGUCUCCGAGGUGGAGCAGGAGCUGGAGACCGCCCGCAAGGACCUCAUCAAGUCCGAGGAGAUGUGCAACAAGUACCAGCGCGACAUCAAGGAGGUGAGCAGACAGGCGAUGUGUCAGAAAGAGGACAUGGAGGAGCGCAUCGUCACGCUGGAGAAGCGCUACCUGAGUGCCCAGCGCGAGUCCACCUCCCUCCACGACAUCAGCGACAAGCUGGAGAACGAGCUGGCCAAUAAGGAGGCUUUCCUCAGACAGAUGGAGGAGAAGAACAGACAGCUGCAGGAACGUCUGGAGCUUGCGGAACAGAAGCUGCAACAGACCAUAAGGAAAGCAGAGACACUACCUGAGGUGGAGGCUGAACUCGCACAGAGGAUAGCUGCACUCACAAAGUCUGAUAUGGAAGCUAAACUCCAGGACAUGACCGCCACCCUUAGGAAGGCGGAGGAGCGCCACGACAGCAUAGAGGAGAGGAUGAGGCACCUGGAGGGUCAGCUGGAGGAGAAGAACCAGGAGCUGCUGAGAGCUCGUCAGAGAGAAAAGAUGAACGAAGAACACAACAAACGUCUGUCAGACACGGUGGACCGGCUCCUCACCGAAUCCAACGAGAGGCUGCAGCUGCACCUGAAGGAGAGGAUGGCUGCCCUGGAGGAGAAGAACGUUUUGAUACAGGACUCGGAGAGCUACCGGAAACAGCUGGAAGACUCCAUCCAUGAAAAAUCUCACCUGGCAGAGGAGAUCGACAAGCUGCGCUCCGAGCUGGACCAGUUCAGACAGCGGGCCGGGUCCCUCACAGAACCAACCCUGUCACGAUCUCAUCUGGACACAUCGGCAGAGCUGCGCUUCUCGCUGGGCUCUCUGGCGGAGACGCAGUCGGAUCACUACAGGUCAGCAAAGGUCAUCCGCAGGCCGCGCCGGGGUCGCCUGGGGCUGCGGCGCGACGAGCAAAAGGCAAAGUCUCUGGGCGAGCAAGAGUGGCGUUCGCAGCAGCUGGGCAUUUUGGGCGGCCACCCGUUCGAGAGUGACACGGAGAUGUCGGAUAUCGAUGACGACGACCGAGAGACCCUCUUCAGCUCCAUGGACCUGCUGUCGCCCGGAGGUCACUCCGAUGCCCAAACCCUCGCCAUGAUGCUGCAGGAGCAGCUGGAUGCCAUCAACAAAGAGAUCCGAUUGAUCCAGGAGGAGAAAGAGUCUACGGAGUUGCGGGCGGAGGAGAUUGAGAACCGCGUGGCCAGCGUGAGUCUGGAGGGCCUAAACCUGGCACGGGUGCACCACCCCGGCACCUCCAUCACCGCCUCGGCCACCGCCUUGUCCCUGGCCAGCUCGUCCCCGCCCAGCGGACACUCCACUCCCAAACUCACGCCUCGCUCGCCCGCCCGAGACAUGGAGCGCAUGGGCGUCAUGACACUGCCUAGUGACCUGAGGAAACAUAGGAGAAAGAUCGCAGCAGUGGAUGAGGACGGACGAGAGGACAAGGCCACCAUCAGGUGUGAGACGUCCCCUCCCGCCACGCCUCGCCAGGUCCGCAUGACACACACCUUACCUGCUUCCUCGCACAAUGACGCCCGCCUGGCUCUGGAGACGGACGCGAGUGCCUUGAGUAGCGUAGCCAGCAGUCAGGACUCGCUCCACAAGCAGCCCAAGAAGAAGGGCAUCAAGUCCUCCAUCGGCCGCCUCUUCGGCAAGAAGGAGAAAGGUCGUCUGGGUCAACUGGGCAAGGAGAUGAUGGGCCCUGGACAAGGAAAUUUUUCUGACCCAGAAUUGGUUGGCCAGGACAUGGGCGUGGGGAAACUGGGCACUCAAGCGGAGAAGGACCGCCGGCUGAAAAAGAACGGGCAUGAGUUGCUGGAGGAGGCCAGAAGAAAAGGCUUACCCUUCGCCCAAUGGGACGGCCCCACAGUAGUGGCUUGGCUGGAGCUGUGGCUGGGCAUGCCUGCCUGGUACGUGGCGGCGUGCCGUGCCAACGUGAAGAGCGGGGCCAUCAUGUCUGCGCUGUCGGACACGGAGAUCCAGCGAGAGAUCGGCAUCAGCAACCCGCUGCACCGGCUCAAGCUGCGCCUGGCUAUCCAGGAGAUGGUGUCCCUGACCAGUCCAUCCGCACCGCCCACCUCCAGAACCCCGUCAGGCAAUGUUUGGGUGACCCACGAGGAAAUGGAGACCCUUGCUGCGCCUUCCAAAACGAAGUCGGAAUCAGAGGAAGGGAGCUGGUCACAGACGUUAGCGUACGGAGACAUGAACCACGAGUGGAUCGGGAACGAGUGGCUGCCCAGCCUGGGUCUGCCCCAGUACCGCAGCUACUUCAUGGAGUGUCUGGUGGACGCCCGCAUGCUGGACCACCUCACCAAGAAGGACCUGCGGGUGCACCUGAAGAUGGUCGACAGCUUUCACAGGACGAGUCUUCAGUACGGGAUCAUGGGUCUGAAGAAGCUGAACUACGACCGGAAGGAGCUGGAGAGGCGCAGGGAGCACAGCCAGCAUGAGAUGAGAGACGUGCUGGUGUGGAGCAACGAGAGGGUGAUCCGUUGGGUCCAGAGCAUCGGGCUGAGGGACUACGCCAACAUCCUCUUAGAGAGUGGUGUCCAUGGAGGCCUCGUCGCCCUCGACGACAACUUUGACUACAGCAGUCUGGCACUGCUCCUCCAGAUCCCCAACCAAAAUACUCAGGCACGUCAGAUUCUGGAGAGAGAGUACAACAACCUGCUUGCACUGGGAACAGAGAGACGGCUGGACGAGGACGGUGAUGACCAGGACUACCGCGGAGCGUCGUGGCGGAGGCAGUUCCCUCCGCGAGACAUCCACGGCAUCAGCAUGAUGCCUGGCUCGGCCGAGACGCUGCCCGCCGGCUUCCGCCUCACCACCACCUCCGGACACUCUCGCAGGAUGCCCCCCGAAGUUCUGUAUGAGGUGCUGGACGACAGUCCAGACGACAUGUAUCUGGACUGGUUUCAAGUCGGCCCUUCAGCAGUGCAGCGGCUGGAUAGCUCCACUGUGAGGACCUACUCCUGCUGAAACUCUGGACCACAGAGGGGCUCCAAGUUGUUUGAACCUUCAACGUGAAGUCUCACCUCGAUGCCAAUGGCCAGGCCAACUAGCCAAGAAAGACAAAAUUAAAUUCUGAUUUAUGUGACGCACUGCCAAGAAGCACCCUCUUUCUUCACAGAGAGGACCGCAUAUGGGGGAUGGGAGGGCUCUGAAGAGGAGGAGGGGGGCAGCUAGUCCCCUUACCCACCUCCAACCCCAUCCUGCACUUACAAGCCAAGUCCACCCAAGGGCACCCGACGCUGGUGCUGAUCAAUUGACCUGCAGGCCAUCCUGAUCGCCGUUUCUACCUUUUACAUGUACCAUAUCUUGUUGAGCAUAUGUACUGUGUAUUUCUUCUACAGGAGAUGUGUAGGGUAUCUGUAAAUUAAUAUAAAUAUGCUGUUUUUUAAUAUAAAUAUACAUAUAAAUAUAUAUAUACACACGUCUAUAUGAAAAAGAAAGAAAAAAUGAUAAAACAUACUCAGAGUUUGUGCAAAUAACGUUCCUAAUGUUAUGGCUUCGAAGAACAGAGAGAAGAAAAAAAAUAUGCUGCUCUUUCAAUGUUUCUCCUGUCCCAGAUCAAGAUCAUUUUGUAAAAUGUGCUUUGUUUUUUAUUUGAGUUCUCUCCCCUUCCCUAACCCACCCCAUCUAGUCCUUAGGAGUAAAUUAGAACCUGGAGACAGACUCUUCACUAGAACCGGUCACUCUACUCUCUGUCCAAUCUUUAUGAACACUUGUACAGUUCCUCCUAUUGUGUCUGAGGCAAACCCAAAUUUGUUGAGAACCAGGAUCCAGGUCCUGCAGGGCCCUAGAACCGGAUAUUUGAAGAAAAGACCACAGCGGAGGAACCAGGGCUGAUAUACAAGCCCUUCGGUACCCUAAGACCACAAGCAUCUCGACCCAACCAAAACAAGAAACAUACAACACCCGGACUGGACAACACCGCACCACAGCCAAUGCCUCACCAUAUUUUAGAGAGAAUAUCUACACGUCUACAGCAAGUCACCUUCAACUGUAAACAAACUCCCAGACCACCAGGCCCUCGCUGUACUGGAGUUCAACCUGCCAAAACUCAACUGGAGCCGACAGAAAGGACCUAUCUUUUUUAUUUAAAAAAAAAUCAAAUAAAAAAUGGACAGACUGCUUAGCUCAUAGUGAACGUAGAGUGUGUAAUAAUCAAGAAGAAAAAAAGAUGUUUGAAAAAAAAAAAAAAUACGUCAAAGUCCAGAUCCAGAUUUUAAA